GGUUUUAACAGUCAUUUAAAGAUAUAAGAACAAGAUUGUUUCAUUAUUUUUUCCAGACAAAGUUCAGCGGUCGGUGCAGAGGUUGGUCAGAUUCUUUAGCUGCCACAGAUCCCUGCUGCCUUAAGAUUCGCUUAGACACUCAUGUUGAGCCAAUUUCUCCUGGAGCUGAAGCACCAAAAGGCAUCUCAGGAGCCCAUCUUCCAGUGCUGAUUAAACCUUUCCUAAAAGGACAUGUUGCUGACCUUAAUCUGUCGUUGUUAAUGAGCACUAUAACAGGUCUGGUUGACCUUAUAGAAGAUGAAAUUGUGCCACAACCACUUCCUAUGGAGGUACUGGUGGAACGCUUAGGACUGCGACUGACAGAAGAUAGAUUGCCAGCUAAUAUCACUUCUCCUGGCUCGGUCCCCACCCAAGUCUGGCUUCCAAGACUUGUUGUGAAGCGAGACACUGAUGGUGUCUUUACCCUUCUUCCUCAUAGUGAGGAAAUCAGUGAAGCACAGUUGAUAAAAGAUGACCGUGACAGACUAGAAGAAGAAUUAAAACAUUUACGGCAGCAACUAGCUGAGGCACAAGAAGCUAACCGCUCUCUACAAGAAGAGGUGACUAAGUUGCAGGGGAAUCAGACUUCUCAAGGAUUCUCAUUACCCAAAUUUCCUCUUCCAUAAUAAAGCCCAGAGCUUCCAGUCAUGUUGUGCAUGGUUGAAUGAGUGGCAUUGUGGAAUGUUGUUUCUAACAUAUGAAGAUAUAAGCAGCUAUAUUCCACAGAUGAAUAACAGUUUGUGAUAAAACAACCUCAUGAAAUGGCCAGUUUUCUUAUUUAAGGUGCACUUAGAUUAUUUAGCAUAAUAAGCAUUGGUAGAAUAUUAUAUAUUUUAAUUUACCUUUAAUAUGAGGAGAAAGGUAAAUGGAAGUGCAAUGCUACUUCACUAUAUUUACUUAAAAGAACAUACACACAAGGCUUUGCUGUUAGUAAGAGCAGACUCGAGAUUUGAGCCAUGGUAAACAGUGCCUUAAGGCACUAUUUAUGCAAGUUAAAAUAAUUAACUUUUUUUCUGAUUUUUGCCUUUAUUUUUUACCUUCAUAAAUAAUGCAUGUUUCAAGCCAUUUUUUACCAUAGAUACGAUGAUGCGUUUGCCCUUACUAUCCACAAUACCUCAUACAGUUUAAACAAAACCAUUUAAAGAAGCACAGGAGCUAAUUUCAGUAUUAAUAUCAGUACAAAUGCACAACAUACAUAAAUACUGUACUAGUAAUCAUGUCAGAGAUAAUUUCCUCCUUAACUUUUGCUCUUUAUGGUGCUACGUAAUUAAAAAUACCAGAAGCAAAGUAUGUUUUCUGUGGUGAAUGAAAAAUAUACAGAGUAACAGAAGUGAUUAUGUACAAAAUCACACUUGAGUCGUUACCUGAUACAGGAUUAGGAAAAAGGGAGGGAAUGUAAUCAGCCUUUUUCAAGCUUCCUUAGAAAAAUUGUGGUUUGUACUUGGGUCACUCUUGGCAUAAUAAUUUUGUUUUUCUGUUUGACUGUGAAUUAUAUGGUAAUUGUAGACCCUAGGCCUUGCAGUAAUAUUCAACAGAUCAUUGCUAAUGAUAAUCCUGAAAGGAAGAAAGCUUGAAAAAAAGUACUAUCCUUAAUAAUUUGUCUCCUUUCAGAAACAGCAGUAACUGUUAGAUUAAAACUGCUGCUACUGCAAACACUUGGAAUAUUCUUCCAUAAGAAUUUCUUACUGUACUAUAUGACUGUUAUAAUAGUAUGUUUGAUUGUAAAAUUAUAAAAGUAUUAAUAAUCUAGGAAAUAAUUUGUGAAUACAUUUUCCUGUGUUUCUUGAUAUGCAAGUUCAGUUAACUUUUCAUUAUAUGGACUCUUUAGAAUACAGAUAUUUUUAUGCAAUAAAAUCUCUAUUGAAAUUUUGUUUUGCCAUCUGAAGAUGAAAAACUCCAGUCAGUACCAUGGCAUUUUGUAAAGUUGGCAGAUGGUUAAAAAUCUGUCAUUAAAAGUAUAAGCAUACCUCUGAGGAUAUGUCAGAAUGUUAAAGGAUUAAUAUGAGAGUUCUGUGUUCUCUAUCAUUUGAAUAGCAAUGUUAAUUUUUUAACUUGAGUAACAGUUAAUUUUUUUUUAUAAUUCACAUAAUUCUUAAUUUUUUGUGUAAUUCAAGUAACCAUGUUAAUUAUUACAAUACAUAUCAAUUACAUUAGAAUUUGAAGUAGACAGUAGCCUAAGCCAACUAGCAAUAUUACAGACACUUUCAGCAGGAAGAGACUUAUUUUACGUUUCGCUAUCAGUGAAAACUUUACACACCCACGUUGUUAGUGAUAAGUCGUACAAUAAAGUUUUUUUUUUUUCCUGUUAAGUGCCUCUUGAAUUACCACUAGAAUUUAUAUAUUUGAAGCAAUUCAUAAUUGACUAAUUCACAGAUUAGCAUUUCUGGUAGCCAAGAAUGGUUUUCAGGAGAUAUGCUCUGUUACAUUAUUGCCAUUAUCUUGUGUUGAUAAAAAGUGGUGACUGUCUGAAACUGCACUCCCUUGUCUCUUUCAAAAAGCUGUUAUGGUACAGUAAAAGACUUAACCUGCAUUUAAAAAUAUCUAGAACUAAGGUGUUCUCUAGAGUACAUCUGGAAUUAGUGUUCUCUGGAACAUAUCUAGAACAUCAGUGUUCUUAGGAGCAACUUGAACUAAAUUGUUCUCUAGAGCCUAUCUUAGUGCAUUAGAACUAAGGAAAUCUCUUGAGCUCAUCCAAAUCUGUCAUGUAGAUUACCGUGAGUAGAAUGCCAUGUAAAUACAUGAAAAAAGUAAGUUUUUGGGCUUAAAACAAAUUGAAACUAUGUGCAAUACUGUUUAUUUUAGGCUUUGAAAUUUUUUAUAUUGCUUAUUGCAGCAUGAAAAUCAACUUGAAGUUUACUGCUUUGCUGUAGCUUCAGUUGUAUUAGCAAGACAGAUACACAAGUUGCAGAAUAAGCCUUUAUGGGGACAGUAUUAUCAGAAUUACACAAAGCUACAAACAGCAAAAGGUUGUCACUGUAAAAGUUUGUUCUGCUACUUGUUAUUGCCUUCACACCUCUUAGCAAUGCCUCAUUUCAUUAUGUUGUACGUAAAGGAAUUAUGCUUGAGAGUGAAAACAAUAAUCAACACAGGUCUUUGAUAUGCAAAAUAUUUUACAUAAAUGUAUGUUGCUGAGAAAAAAUACACUGUGACUUUUACAAAACCAAUUUAUAUAGUAAUUAUUGUCAUUUGAAAUACAGUGAUAAAUCACAUGCUCUUCCUAACAGUUAUUUUUUGUUUAGUUUAAGUUGUAUUUAACAUUAUCCCAACAUGUUGAAGUUGUGGUACUUUCAUUGUUGUACUUUUGUGGGUUGAAUAUUCAGAGCAUAAUUAUGGUGACAUUAGAAAGAAAAAAUUAGUGUUUAGCUUUAUUGUUACCUUGAAGCCUUUGUUGUCAGUGGUGCUGACAAAGAUCUCGCUGAACUCACUUUCUGGUACUGUCCUUACAUUAUAGCAUACACUACAUCAAGAAAGUUUGUUUUAAUAAGAAAUUUAUCCAAAUUGUUAUGUAGUAAAGGUAUGGAUAGAAAUGACAGCAAUUAUAAAGCUAGAAGAGUAUUAGAAUGCAUUACAACAAAUAACCCGCAUGUAGGAGAGGAGCUUACGAUGACGUUUUAGUCCGACUUGGACCUUUGUAAAUGGUCCAAGUUGGACUGAAAUGUCGUCGUAAGCUCCUUUCUCCUAUAUGCGGGUUAUCUGUUGUAUUGUUUCAGUCACAGUGUUGUGCCUUUUUUAUUAUUUAUGUAUUAGAAUGCAUGUUUAAUAUAGAUUAUGUUAGUGCAGAUUUUCCAGUAUGUUUCAUUUUUGUUUAUAUUUGGCUUUACCCCAAUAGCCGUCUCCUGUGUUUUUAUUAUGCUCGCUCAGUGAUCCUGCAGAUUAAAUGCUUCAGUGUGUUUUGUUCUGGCAAGUCAUGAAGCACUUGAUUACAUAAUAAGCAGCUUUCAUAUUUUGUUAUUCUCAGAACUAGGAAGUGUUCUUGCAGGCUUUGAGAGAACUCUUACAAACCAAGAAAUAUGCCCAAGUUCUUAGUUAUUUGGUUAAUGGUGAGCACUUACAAAAAGCCCUCACUCCAUUACCUCUUAAUUCAGAAUGUGGUAUACAUGGCUGGCUAGUUAUCGCCUAGUUUUCAGUACACAUAACAUUUGUCGGGUUAAUAGUUUUAUAAACUAUUUGCAAAACUUUUUCCUGAUUUAAAAUUAAUGAAUAUUUUAAAGAAAAUUGCUCUUUUUGUAUUUCUUAAUUAUUUUAAUUUGACUAAUGAUGGAGAAGACCAUUAAAUAUCAUGUUAUCUUAAACAUCUAAAACUACAGAUUAUUCAUUUUUCAAACUUAAUACAGUGGUUCCUUGAGUUACGAUAUUAAUCCAUUCUAGAAGACUUAUUAUAUCUCAAAACUGUUGUAAUGCCAACCCCAAAUUAUGUGGUUUUAUGGUAAUUCAUUCCAAGACACAAAAGGCAACUUUUACUGUAUCUUGCACAUUGUCAGAUAUAAUUUGCAGGCACUGUACCUCCCAUCAUCUAUUCUCUCUUAUUUACAAAAACAAGUCUGUCCAUCUCUGCGAUAAUUUCUCUGCCUCUUGUCACUAGCUUAUGUUCAUCAGCCACCGUAAUAUUCUUUAUUUCUUUUUGCUUAAUAAUAGAAAGUUUGGUUGAUUAUGGAAAGUCACUCGUGCACCAGUGUACUACUACUAACUCCUUCAUCAUGUUUUUUCACAAUUUCUUUACUCCACACUUAAAGGACCAUGAUUACUUGGUAAUGCAAAAGUUGGUGUAAUUAAAACAAAUGCAGUUUUUUUUUUUUAACACGUCAGCUGUCUCCCACCAAGGUAGGGUGGAUGUGUAGAUCAAGUGUUUACAUUGAAGUACUUUUUUUUUUUUUUUUUAAUAUGUACUUCAAUGUAAACACUUGAUCUACACAUCCCCUACCUACUCUAAAACCUCCUUGCUUAUCUGCAAUCCUACAUUCUGUCUUGCCUCUAAUUCUUUCAAUAAUAACCCUACCAUACACUUUUCCUAGUAUAUCUGGUAAACUUUUUUUUUUUUUCCCCCAACAAGUCGGCCGUCUCCCACCGAGGCAGGGUGACCCAAAAAAAGAAAGAAAAUCCCCAAAAAGAAAAUACUUUCAUCAUCAUUCAACACUUUCACCACACACACACAUUAUCACUGUUUUUGCAGAGGUGCUCAGAAUACAGAAUACAGUAAACUUAUUCCUCUAUAAUGUAUGUACAUAUUGCAUAUUAUUUGAUCUAAGAGGGUGUAAAGCAAAUUUUAUUUUUUAAUCAAAACUUUCCAGUUCUUUACGCCAAUCCUGUUAGUUGAAAAUAUUACAUAAAGAGUGUGUGUUAAUGUUUAGCAUGGUUAAAUUUAUCACUUUAUUUAUUGACUCAGUUUUUUUUUUUUAACAAGUCAGCCAUCUCCCACCGAGGCAGGGUGACCCAAAAAGAAAGAAAAUCCCCAAAAAGAAAAUACUUUCAUCAUUCAACACUUUCACUUCACUCGCACAUAAUCACUGUUUUUGCAGAGGCGCUCAGAACACAACAGUUUAGAAGUAUAUAAGUAUAAAGAUACACAACAUAUCCCUCCAAACUGCUAAUAUCUCGAACCCCUGCUUUAGAGUGCAGGCAUUGAACUUCCCAUUUCCAGGACUCGAGUCCGGCUAUGUAAAACUAACCGGUUUCCCUGAAUCCCUUCACUAAAUAUUACCCUGCUCACACUCCAGCAGAUCGUCAGGUCCCAAAUACCAUUCAUCUCCAUUCACUCCUAUUGAAUACGCUCAUGCACGCCUGCUGGAAGUCCAAGCCCCUCGCCCACAAAACCUCCCUUACCCCUUCCUUCCAACCUUUUCGAGGACAACCCCUACCCCGCCUUCCUUCCCCUACAGAAUUAAAUGCUCUCCAUGUCAUUCUACUUUGAUCCAUUCUCUCUAAAUGACCAAACCACCUCAACAACCACUCUUCAGUCCUCUGACUAAUACUUUUUUUAACUCCACACCUUUUCCUAAUUUCCACACUCCGAAUUUUCUGCAUAAUAUUUACACCACACAUUGCCCUUAGACAGGACAUCUCCACUGCCUCCAACCGCUUCCUCGCUGCUGCAUUCACAACCCAAGCUUCACACCCAUAUAAGAGUGUUGGUACUACUGUACUUUCAUACAUUUCCUUCUUUGCCUCCAUAGAAAACAUUUUUUGUCUCCACGUAUGCCUCAACGCACCACUCACCUUUUUUCCCUCAUCACUUAUAUGACUAGCCUCAUCCUUCGUAAAUCCAUCCGCCGACACGUCAACUCCCAAGUAUUUGAAAAUUUAUUCAGUAUUUUUUUUUUUUUUAAAUAGGUGAUAUUGAAAUGCAGUGG